AUGGCCGAAUCUCACCCAGUGGGCGCUCCGCUCGAAGAACAACUGGAAUCUGAGUCCGAUGCCGAAGAACAACACCAGGACGAAGCUGCAGAAUCCACACAAGAUGCCACGAGCACAAGCUCGGGGAAGCCCAAAAAGAAAAAGAAGAAGUCCAAGAAAUCCAAACUCGUCUCUGCAAUCACCAGCAACAAGUCUUCUGAAGAGCCUGCAGACCCCUCCAAGCCCGCCGCAAACUUGUCCAACGAUUCGCUAAAGACUCUCCUUGACAUGAACCCUUCCCUUAAAGGCGAACUGUCGGGUCUCUCUACUGAGAAAGCGAACGAGUUGCUCAAGAAGAUGGACGUCUCACAACUCCUGAGUGGGUUAUCAUUAACGGGAAAGAAUCAAAAGGAUAUGGCCUCGUACAAGUUCUGGGCGACUCAGCCAGUGCCACGCUUUGACGAGAAGGCAGAGGCGGACAAGCCAGAUGGCCCGAUCAAAGAAGUUAUUCGGGAACAAGUUCCAAAGACUGCCGCCCCUCUCCCCGAAGGCUAUGAAUGGGUGGAACUAGACUUGACCAACGACGAGGAGAUCAAAGAGGUCUACAAGCUUCUUUCCUUACACUAUGUCGAGGACGACCAUGCCAUGUUUCGUUUCAAUUAUUCCGCCGUCUUUCUGGAUUGGGCGCUGAAGUCGCCUGAUUGGAAGAAGAGUUGGCACGUCGGUGUUAGGGCAAAAGGGCCAAGUCGACUUCUGGUAGCAACCAUCUUCGGCAUCCCGAUCAAGUUGCGUAUACGGCAAAAUGUCCUCGAUGUGGUGGAAAUCAAUUUCAUGUGCGUCCAUAAGAAGCUGCGAUCGAGAAGACUGGCCCCGGUGCUCAUCAAAGAAGUCACGCGCCGCUGUUAUCUGGAGGGUAUUUACCAGGCCAUUUACACCGGCGGCGUUGUCUUGCCCACACCGGUAGGGAGCUGUCGGUACUUCCACAGGAGUCUUGACUGGUUGAAAUUGAACGAAGUCGGCUUCUCUCCUUUACCCCCCAAUAUGACACAAGCCAAGAUGAUCGCUCGGAACCAAUUACCUCCCAACACCAGCACGCCAGGGUGGCGGCAAAUGGAGGAGAAAGACGUCGACGCAAUCCACGAUCUGUUGUCGCGGUACCUCGAACGAUUCGACCUUGUCCAGGUAUUUUCAAGAGCCGAGAUCGUGCAUUGGUUCCUCAACCGCGAGAAGCCAGAGAAUCGGGUCGUGUGGUCGUUCGUGGUUGAGGGCAAAGAUGGCAAGAUCACGGAUUUCGGGAGCUUCUACUGCCUCGAAAGCACCAUCAUCGGUGAAAUGAGCAAGAAGCACGAGAAAAUUCGCGCGGCCUAUCUUUAUUACUACGCCACUGAGCAAGCGUUCAAUCCCAAGGAGAAAGGGUUGAAGGAGAGACUGUUACAGCUGGGCCAGGACCUCUUGAUCGAGGCCAAGAAGGCCAAGUUCGACGUUUUCAAUGCCCUCACGCUCCACGACAAUCCCCUAUUUCUGGAACAGUUGAAGUUUGGCGCCGGUGAUGGCCAGCUGCAUCACUACUUGUACAAUUGGCGGACCAAGCCGAUCAACGGUGGCAUCAACGAGAAGAACAUGCCGGAUGAGAGCCAGAGGGGCGGGAUCGGGAUUGUGCUUUUGUGA